CCAAGGUCUACUUCCGCUCUGGUUCCACUAGCGUCUGUGGGAAGCGUAAUGUAGGGGUAUGGAAUCAGAUUUCGACAAACAUUAGUAAUGGAUCAAUGUACUGUAUACAAGCCAGGUGACUUUGUUUGGGCGAAGAUCCCCAGGCACCCAUGGUGGCCAGCUCAGGUGGUUGCUGAAGGAGAGUGUGCAAUAUUUCACAGUACUGUCGGUGCAAAUAAAAAGAAGAUUUUAGCUCAUGUCAAGUUUAUUAAUGAAAAUUCCUUUGACGACAUCACUGAUUUAAAAUGGAUACAGAGGCUGGACUGUCAAGAUGGAAAAUUGUUGACUCGAAAAGGAUUAUCUACAAAGCUCUUCUCAGAUGCGUUCGAAGCCGCCGUACAGCUGGCCGAGAAGCAAAGUGACAUUUCUCUAUUCUCCAAACAGCAUACCGACCAUGGAGACCAGCAAACCAGUAAAUGUAUAAUUGCGACAAAAAAUGUUAAACAAAGAAGAAAAUCAAACCCAGAAAAUGGAAACUUCACGACAAAAAGAAAACAUAAAGAUGUUCAUGAGGAAAAAGCAAGGAAGAAAAUUUCAAAUAAAAAGCGGAGGUGCUCUCUUGAACCAAGUCGAAAAAUAAAUGUGCUGCCUGAUUUUGAACUUGAUAGUUCCUCAGAUUUAUUGACUGAAGUUAACACUGAACCAUCUAUCAAAAGUUUGAAAACUGGACAGACAAAACUAGCAUUUAAAAAGUCAACGAACUGUACAAAAUCUGUUGAUGUGUGUCAUAAAAGUGUUAAAGACCUGGAUUCAAGUUUUAUCGAAAAAUAUGAUGGUUGUGCGUCGCCUUUGAGAGAGUCUGUAUCAUUGUACACUAGCGAUUAUGGAUCAUCUUCGGGUAUUCUGUCACCAUUGCCGAAUCUCAAUGACAGCAGCUGUUCCUUCGAUUUGCCAACCCCAACCCCAGCAGACAGGAGUGUGUCUUUCAGCACAAGACUGUCCUUUGACCCCAAUUUGCAGAAAGACUCGUGUGAUUCCUCCGAUAGUGACCUUGAACUUCCUGAUGGACUAUCACCUAUUGUAGGAGGUCCACCUGUUUCAGAAAAGGAUAUCAUAUUGAUCAGAUGGAGAAAACAUCCCUUCUGGCCGGCUUACGUAAAGAAAAUUUACUGGAAAAAGCAGCUGCCCUGGAAAAUAUCUGUAAUCUUCAUACAGCCGAUGGAAAAUACUCCUGUUGAAAAGAUAACCUUGCAUUACAAAAGAAAGACUGCCCUCUCCUUCAAUGACAAGGAGAAGAAAAAGAUCCUGGACAAUCUACAGGAGGAAAACAGUGCUCAAUUUUCCAAGGCCUGUGAGGUAGCAGAGGAGUACCUGGACAAGAAAGUCCUAGGACGUUGGAAGAAGGGCAUUCCUGGUCUCCCAGAUACUUAUGAAUCAGAUUCGGAGGAUGGAAAGAUUCCAGAUUUUAUGGACUGCGGCCCAUCAGUGUCUGACAGUACGAGUGAGUGUUCAUCAGCUAGUGGAGACAUUCAGCCUCUAGAUGAUCUCACUAACCCCAAGGAUCGGGAACGGUAUGAAAAGAUGAAAUUGAGGAAUCAGAACGUGAUAGCAUAUAUAAAGUCUGAAGAAAUGAAGAAAUACCUGGUAAAGAUUUACCAUGGGGAGAAAAAGAGCGAGAGACACACCAAAUAUAAUAGUGAAAGGACAAAAGAAAAGACUGCCAUAAGACAUGCUGGUUUUGGACCGAUAGCUGAUGAAGAACAGCAAGAUGACAUUAUCACGAUGUUAAUUAAGUGGCACCAAGAAGUCCAAGGCCAGACACCUGAUCAGCUCCCGAACUAUGACUAUGUAAUGGACGUUUGGAUACCAGAGGCUAUAAUUCAAGGACUAGUUAAAGUUAAAGGCUAUAAUCGGGGCAAGGCAACAGAGAGGUUUGCAAAAGGUGUCAAACUGUCCAAAGGAGAGAAAGAGAGAGUUCAUCGCUCAAUCAUAGAUAGUGCCAAAAACAUCUCGAAGGAAGACUGGAUGAACCACGAAGAGAAAAGAAGCAUUCAACUGAAGGGAAUGGGAAUUGACGUACCACACCGACAACCCAAAAAAGUUGUAAAGCUCCAACAACUCCGGCGGUAACGAUAUGGGUUCAUGAUCCUUCAGUGUUUAUUAAUGCUUCUGUUCAGUCCACUUGUAUAAAGUUGUACCUCAAAUUUGUAUUAUAGUAGAUAAUGUACAGUAUAUUUGGAAGUGUUUUUUAUACCUUCACAGAUAAUUUUACGAGGAAAGAGAGAUACUGUAAAGUUCACUCUGUCCAUUGAUUUAUCUGUUUUGUUCAUCUGUAGAUAUACCGGUAGUUGUUUUUCUGGACUAUUGGUUGUGUUUUUUCUCUUCUGUAUAUUCAUCAGACUUCACAAGAUGGCUGCGUAGGAGUAAGAAGGAUUUUUGGGGUCAAAAGUCAAGAUAUAGUAUUGAUUAAAGUAGUUGUGAAAAAAACACUGCUGGACUGUAGGGUUACUCUCCACCUAGAGAAUUAAGCUCACAGCAGCCUACACGCUUGUAUCAUGCGAAAAAAAGUAAUUCUUCACUUGGUACUUGUAACUGCGCGGGAUAAGUAUGAAUGAUAAGAAUUCCUAUUUUUUUGGGGGUCAAUAGGUCAAAGGUUAAGUUCACAGUGACCUGUAAUGUGAUAAUUGUUUCCAAAUUUGUUCCACCCAGGAUUUGAAACUUAAUAUGAUGAAUAUCCUUAAAAACUUAAAAACUUUAUACAUAUUGAGAUCUUAAAAAAUGGGGGUUAUUGUUGUUCAAGUUGCAAAAAAUAGUGGGGUGGGGGUGAUUUACAUGAAAUUGUGUACAAUUCGCAGAAAUACAUUGACAACCAGGGAUUCACAAUGAUCUAGUGCAAGGCGUACAGCUUAGCAUCAAAAUUCUAUGAUAAAUCAAAGGUAAAACACUUACAGCAGACAAAAGUGUGUUCUUUGUAUUCCAGAUGGCAAAGUUCUCAUUUGCUUAUUUUUAAAUUCCAAUAUAAUACAUGGAAUUUCAUUGCAUACCAAGAUCAUGGGAAGUCUGAACAAGAUUUUGUAGAAAAAAAGCUGCUUUCUUCUUUUGUACUCCUAUUCUCUAGGUAGUAUGUUAAGUAUUUAUUUUUUUGGCUCAUAUGUAGCAUAAUUAUCCUACCACACAAAUUUUUGAUAUGUACUAUGCAAUAUCAUCCACGGUGAUGCCAUGAUGGUGUCACAUAUUCCAGGGCAAAUGUUAAACUAUUAGACCUAUUGUUAAUGUUUCAUCCUGCAUAUAAUUAACACAGAUAUGUGCAUUUUGCAAGCUUUGGUUGAGGAAAUGAUCAAAAGAAUCUCAAAUAAAUUUUUUGAGGUGCACUAUAUGUGUAACAGGAAAGAGAGUAGAGUGCUCCCAGCACGGAUCACACAAGUGACCCCCAGCCUCCCAGCACGGAUCACACAAGUGACCCCCAGCCUCCCAGCACGGAUUACACAAGUGACCCCCAGCCUCCCAGUCCGCCGCUCUACCAAUUGAGCUCAACGGAAAUUCUGUUUAGUGCGAAGCUAGAAGGCAACUGUAAUCCUUUGUACAAUUGAUAUCUACCAUACAUUUACUAGGUAUUACACCAGCGUAAGAUCACCGAGCUUUCUUAAUAUGGCGUAUACAUCUGAGCUUCUUCUGGAAUAUUGACGUAGUACAUACAUGUAUAUGAAAGUAAAAUAAUGUCAUGAUUGGCAAAAAUCUUUUUUUUUUCUAGAGAUAAUUUCAGUGGGACUUGGUCUUAUUUAAUCAAUUCUGAUUAUGAACUGUUGGCAUAUUCCUCAAAUCUUGUUUUAAUAAUUUCUAAGUAUUAAGGUCCAAGUCUAUUCGCAUAAAUUAAUGGGACUUACCCAUAGAUAAACUCAUUCAGUUCACAAAAAAGUCACAAAUACAUAUGCCUGUACUUGAUAUGUAAGGUUCAAUAUUUCAGUUACUUCAGGUUCAUUAGAAUUUCAAGAAUUUUAUUUGACAUGUUUGACUGUAAUGCACAGCACUGAAGCUAAUUAAUUUCCAAAACUCAAUCGCAAAAUACUGUUUUUAGCUUGUAGUUUUACCAUUGAUCUUAAUGGUUUAUACAAAUAUACUGUUUCUUGCUGUGUUCAUUUUGUGUAUAUUCCUGGUGUUGUUUUUUAUUCCCUUCUGAUCAAGCAGAGCAUUUCAGGGUAAGUUUAAUUAACACUGCUAUAAAAACUACCCUGUGUACGUACAGUAUAACAUGAUAUUCAGUAUGUGUUGUAUUUAAGGAAUGUCUAUUUUGAACACUGACAAAUGUCUUGUACCAAAUUGUAUUUUUCUGUAUACGUAAAUGUAUAUCCAUGUAUUAUAUAUAAUAUGCAAUUGUAAAUACAUCAUGAUUGUGCAUCAUGACUUAUCUUUACAUUAUAGUGUAUAAUCUCACUGACUUCGUUGUAUUAUUGAAGGUUAAAUUAAAAGUUCUAAUAAUUUCUAUAUUUCAAUAUUUAUGAGAAACAUACAGCAGUUGUACAAUAAUUAUUUUGCAAUAUUGAAUAGCUGUGAUUCAAUCUAGUUAUUCUAGAUGGCUGUUUCCUUUAUUGUUUUUUUGUCAUUUGGAAGACAAGUUUGGGGCAAAAAUGGAGUUAUUGGAGGUUUAUGGUUUAAUAGAAGCUCUGGAACAUCAUUGUUUUUGUCGUCGUCCUUACUUGAUCGAACAGAUCACACAGUUUCAGUCUUGGAUGUUCUUGAAGGUUGACAAUUGAACCACUGUCAAGUAUUUCUUGCAGAGUUUGAGUUGUUUUUCACACUUCCAAGUCAGUGUAUAUAAAGUGAACACAACUGUAUAGCAGUUUUCAUAACUCAAUAUCUUAAUAAAUUUCUAUAGAUUAUUUUACUAAAUACCAGGUAGUUGUAUUUCAAGUAAAGUCAUUCAAUUUUCAUACUUUAUCAUUUUGAUGUCACAUCUAUCUAUUUCACUUCAUGUCAGCAAGUACAUUUUUAAAAAUAAUAUAAUAUGAAAGUAAAAACUUCAGUAUAUUGUGAAAAUCUCCCAAACAUUUAAAAAAAAAAGGCAGAGUCUAAUGAGAAAAAUCAAGCCCUAGAACAAGAGUUUGAAUCUCAGCUACUAUUCAAAGAUGGCAGCAUGUAGGCUAUUCAACAUGGUAUCUUGCCAAAAAUAACAAAUAAAUUCAAUUUAGUUCUUUUUAAUUAUGUUUAAAAUAUUUUUAACUAUUUGUGCAUUGACAGAAGUUGGAGUUAUUUAUCAUUGUGGUGAAUACUCAUUAUUGAAGAAAAUUUCAGGCACUUAUGGGAACAUUUUUUUAUUGACCGCAGAUUUAAUAUAAGAAACAUUUUUUUCUAUUUAUUUUUUAAAAACUCCACAGCCAAUAGCUGUUGAUAACUUAUGAAUAAAUCACUGGAUUUUUGUUUUUCUGUAAAUUCAUAUUCAGCAUUGAUGGCCAAUGAAAGUAUUACUCAAACAAUUGUUUAUACAUAGCAUAAGAUUUAGACAUCAAUUGAAAUGCAAUUUCCUUUUAAACAAGUAUUGGAGGUUAAGUUUUGGAAAUUGAAUAUAACUAGUCUUCCGUAUACACCUAACAAAGUAUUAUUUACCAGAAUAAGUGUUAUUCAGUGGGGGUUUUUAAGAAUCUUUAAGAACAAAUCUGGCAUACACUUUUGUUUCAAAUUAAUUCAGUUUGCAUUUCAAAGUUUUUAAAAUGUUUUCCAUUUAAAAAAAAAAAAAUUCAUACAGGAAGGUUCUUGACGUUUACAUACAUAAUAAAAAAAAGUUUUUAUGAAAACUUACCUCAAACUAAAAUUCAUUUUGAUUACAGAAUGUAUUUGCCAUGCAGUUUUUAGUUUGAUUGACAGGUGAUGGAAAUCAUGUUAGUUUGGUUUGAUGUUUAUUUUUAGAACAUUGAUGUGGUAAGCAAAACUUCAGAUAUUGUUGAUAUAUACUGCUGUUUUAGAUUUUCUAGAAAAGGUAAUUUUCCUUGUAUGUCAAAUUUGGUAAAAUAACUCUAUUGUAUGUUUAAGCUUUUCCUACCAACAAAAUCUGUUGAAAUGAAAGACCCCCACAAAAUCUUGAGCAUUGAUUACUUGAAAAUAUCAUUUAAUUCAUUCACCCCUGAAAACACAUUUGAAUUCUUCCAAUUCAAUAGUUGGAAUAGUUCAUUGUCAAAUUUCAAGGACAAAUGAGUUAAUACUAAAACUGCAGGUAAACAUGAGACACCCUGUUUAAUUUUUUCGGGCAAGUGAGCUUAUGUCGUGGUGCGGCGUCCGUCGUCCGUCCGUCGUCCUUCCGUCCUCGUCCGUCAA